AUGAACACCGAUGAAAGUGAAAAUGACAUCAUUAAAUCUAAAAAGCAUGGAGAGCUUGUAGAUUUCAAAUCUCAGAAUGAAUCUGGAAAAACUGUUGAUGAAGAAGACCGUACCCCAGACAAUGUUUCAUUUGGAAGCAACUCUUCAUUUAAUGAGCAUCUUUACAUGGCCAGUGACGAGGAAUCUCCCAAUUGUAGUAGAAGAGAUUUCCAAAUUCCAUUUCUUCGUGACGUGUAUUCGUUCUUAGUUGAUUCUGUCGAGUCAGGAUCGAGUGGCUGUCAAGUAACAGCAGAUCCAGUGACUGGUGAAAAAACCUACACAGUCGAUGUUAGCUUGGAUCUGGAUGAUGAAAAAGCUAAUGAGCAUCCGAUCCAGUCUAAGGAAAAUGCAUCAAGCUCAUCUACGUCCGUGGAAGGUACAGCAGAGCUUCCUUUUCCUGUUGAAGUGGAAACUAUUCUAUCUCUUCCAUCCACUGAGGAAAAGAAUAUCAAAAUUAAAAUGGAUCAUUUGUCUUUCGGUCCAGGGCGAAUUGAAGCUUUUUACUCUCACCCUGUUCCGCUCCAACACCCUCUCACCGCAGGGACACGUUACUACGCUACAAAUAUCUCCACUGUAAAACAAGCUCUGGCCACCAUGCAAUGUUUGAUAAGAUCUUUCACUAGUCACCGUGGAGCAGAGCGCGUAACUUAUAAAAUCAAUGACAAUCUCAUUACUAAAAAAAAAACACUUCUGUACGAAAUUGAAGAAGUUCUAUAUCAUUCUUCUGAGGAGGAGUCUUCUGAUCCUAGUGUUCAAUCCAGCAGCUGGUUGCAGGAAUCCACUGUUUCUGAUCGGGAUGAAGACCCUGAAGUUGUAAACUAUCGUGGAACGAACCUACCAGUGUUCAGCUGUGUGAUCUGUCACGCUGUCGGCUUAGUAAUUGAUGAAGUCAUAACAAUCUCAACAAUGGUUGAUCGUGAUGGAAACAAAAUUGCUAGCUGCAUCAUUGAAAGAUCAGUCUGUUCAAUUGCUGAAGGUCUGGAGCAGUCGCUCAAGUUCAACACGGUUAUUGCUCAGCAAUCUGCUAAAAUGAGAAAUAACCAGCCAACCUUCGAUGAGUUCUCCAAAAUUUUACUGAGACCAGGUUUUCAAAUUCCUUUUUACAGUAGUGUACUGGCAUACCUUUCUAAAUCCAUCAGAAAUGGUUUGGCUAUUCACGCUGAAGUUCGAAACCCUUUUACACAGGAGCUUAUAACAGUUUAUGCUAUUCAAAAAAGUAUACCAACAUCUGACGCUCGGAGAUUCUCCGAUAUUCUCAAGUCUGAAGAGUUCUUCACUCGCUUACAUGAAAUGAAGAACUUCCGAGCAGCUUAUAAAAACAAGCUUGAUCGUCGAGACGAUUUAGAGGGCGAAUCAAUUACUCUAAGCUGCUCCUUCCUAUCUUGCUUCCGCUCUUUCUUCCAUUGA